AUGAGUAAUUCUCGAUCAUCCUGCCAAUUCUUCACUCCAUUUUUGAUAGAGGGUAAAGAAUUCGGAGCUGUAUCUGACAUUGAGCACCACCAAGCUUUCAAGAAACCCAGAAUCUCUGAGGUUGGGUCAGACUCAACGAUGGCCGGGAGGAGAUAUAGGUGGUUGCAUUACAAGACCCGUUUGUGCAGUAACUUCAAACGAGGUCGUUGCCAUUACGGUGAGGCGUGUCUCUAUGCUCACGGCGUUGAAGAACUCCGCAACACUUUGGGUGGUUCGCAAAAUGAGAAGGGCGUGUUGGGUAGGACUGAGUAUGGUAAUCAUGGAAUUUGUGAUAGACUUAAACUGUGUAAGAUGUUCUCUAAUCAAGGGAGAUGUGAAUAUGGAGAGAAAUGCCGCUUUCGUCAUGUGAUUCUGAAAAGAAUCAAAGAUGAUGAGUCAGUGAUAACCAUUUCAGCUGGUGGGUCUGAAGGGUCUAUCAAUGGUGGUUAUGGUCAAUUUGGGGGCAAGAGGUCUCUGGGUUUGGAUGUUGAUACUAAUGGAGGGAGUGGAGGGAGGCAUUUUAGGCAACAUGGCUCUGUUGCAGUAGGGAGAGGUAUGCUGAGUAACACCUGCAUUGCGAGUGAAAGCUUUGCUGAUGAACAUGCCGUGCUAAGGAAGCUUUGUGGCUACACUACCGCGGAGACCAAAUAUUCGAAGACUUAUACUAUUUCUAGAGAAAUGCAAGUUAGGGACGGCAAGUUCGACUGGAAUGAACUUGAGAAAAUGAGUCGUAUCUAUGCUGAUUGGAUUGAAGAAAUUCCUCUUGUACAUAGGAAGGUGCAGUGCUGAGUCUGAGUGCUUCACGGAAAAGGUUUAUAGGUUCUGCUU